AUGCACACAAAUAUAUACUAUUAGCUAGACACAAGAUACAUAAAUAGAAAUGGGGCUGAAGAGCAAAGUUUUGAUCAUAGGUGGUACGGGAUACAUAGGGAAGAGGCUCGUGAAGGCUAGUUUAGAACAAGGCCAUGAAACAUAUGUUCUCCAACGACCAGAAAUCGGCGUCGAGAUUGAGAAAGUCCAGAUGCUACUUUCAUUCAAGAAGCAGGGAGCUCAUCUCGUGAUCGGUUCAUUUAAGGAUCAUCAAAGCCUCGUUGAAGCCGUGAAGAAAGUAAACGUUGUGAUUUGUGCAAUCUCCGGUGUGCAUUUUCGUAGCCAUCAAAUCCUGCUUCAACUUAAGCUUGUUGAUGCCAUCAAAGAGGCUGGAAACAUUAAGAGGUUUUUACCAUCCGAGUUUGGUACCGAUCCAGCAAGAAUGGGGCAUGCAAUGCCACCAGGACGAGAGACGUUUGAUGAGAAAAUGGUGGUGAGAAAAGCGAUUGAAGAUGCCGGGAUCCCGUUCACCUACGUAUCCGCAAACUGCUUUGCCGGAUACUUUGUUGGAGGGUUGUGUCAAAUGGGCCACAUUCUUCCUUCAACAGAUUCCGUCACCUUGUACGGAGAUGGUAAUCAGAAAUCAAUCUAUGUAGAUGAAGAUGACGUAGCAACAUAUGUCAUCAAAUCUAUCGACGACCCUCGCACUCUUAACAAGACGCUUUACAUAAGGCCUCCAGCAAAUAUUCUUUCGCAACGACAAGUAGUGGAAAUUUGGGAGGAGCUAAUAGGGAAACAACUCAAAAAGUCAUGUCUCCCUGAGCAAGAAUUUCUCAAUAGCAUAAAAGACAAAGAAUAUGUUGUCCAGGCCGGAAUGACUCACUAUUACCAUUUCUUUUACGAAGGAUGUCUGGCAAAUUUUGAUAUCGGAGAUAAUGCUGAAGAGGCUUGUAAUCUUUAUUCUGAAAUCAAAUACACAACGGUGGAGGAGUAUCUUAAGCAAUACCUUUGACCGACUCCCUGUAGUAUGAUGUAUAUUCUUGUGUAUAUAUUAAGUAUGUUAUGUUAUGGUGUCAAUGUUACAUUUUUUUAUAUAUUUAGAUAUAGUGUAAUGUCUGGAAGUAGUCUCUAUAUCCUCGUGGAAAGGUAUUAUCGUCUACAUCUGGCAUAUCUUAUAUCUUGUUUUUUACGGAAUUGGGUAUUGUUGUAUGCAUGCUACUAAUUAAUAUUUGAAAUAAAA